AUGGAAAAUGAGAUUGAUCAUAAUAAAAAAUAUCAAUUAGAUAUGAACAUGAACACUUUAAAUAACAAUGAUAUUAAUAUACUCGAUUUACCUGAUGAACUAUUACUUUGCAUAUUUAACAAGCUACAUACGAUCGAAAUGCUCUAUUCACUAGUGAAUGUGAAUCAACGAUUUGAUCGUUUAGUACUCGAUCCAUUUUAUAUUCAUCAUUUAGAUUUAACGGUCAAACCAUUGCUUUAUCAUAAUUCUCCAGUAAAUAAUCAAAUUUUCGAUCGAAUUCGUACACAAGUCUUACCUCGAAUUCAUCAUAAAGUAAAUAAAUUCACUGUUGAACCACUUUCUAUGGAAUGUAUUCUUGGUGAUACUAUACUUCUUCGUCUUCUUACUGAUCAAAUCACACCUCUUACAGUCGAUAUUACUGAUAAAAUAAGUGAAAUACCUGGUGAAAAUGAAUUAAACAUGUUUGCAUUGAUACUAUCUAUUAGUAAAUGUUUAAUUGAUUUGACAUUUACUCAACGCACAGAAAUUUCAUUUCCUAAUCUACCAUCAACAAGUUGUGUAUCUUCAACUCUAAAUGCUGGUAUGAUAGAUAUGGUGCAUGAUAACAUACAGUUACCUAUGAUUGAUUAUGCUGGUAUGGCAUUAGCAACUUGA